AUGAAGGAGAUAAAACAGGCAGACGUGAAGCUUUUUCUUGAAACGUAUUACACAGAUAACAGCAUAAGUGAUGAACUAAAGGAAGUUUUCGAUUAUUUUGAAAGAAAUAAGCACAAAAAUAAUUUCCAUAAAUUAUUUGAAGACUAUUUGAGGGAAUAUAACAAAAGAUUAAUAAAAAAUGAAAAUUUGUUAAAAGACAAUAUCAUAUAUGAUUAUGAUUAUGUAAAACAAUACAAUGCCGAAUUAACGGAAAAGGCAGGAAUAAAUUGUAACAAUAAAUAUAAUUGGUAUAUAAAUUGUGUUAACACGAUAGAUGAAAAUUAUAAAUUUUUAGGACUAGAUACAAAUAUUAUAUCUGAGAGUAUAAAUAAAAAGAUAACGCUAUUUUUAGAAUUAUUUUUAAUGUAUUCUGAAAAAUUAAAUUUGAAUAUACAAAUAAGUCCUAUAUUAAAUAUGAAUGAAGAAGAAUGUUAUAUAUUUGGUAGGAUAUACACGGACAGUGAAAUUAAUAUAAGUGAAUCGAAUAUAAUUUUAGAGGGGAAUAUAAAAUGGAGUAAUGGAGAGAAGGCACAAUUAUUAAAUUUAAAUAAUAUGAAAAACUUAUGUUUUUUUUUGGGUCAAAUUUUAGCCAUAAAAGGAAAGAAAGAAAUAAAUCAAUACAGUAUAAAAUACUAUGUAAGUAACAUAUAUGCUGGAUUACCUACUCAUUUAAAAAAUGUAAAAAUAGAUAACGAAUUUUUAUUAAAAUAUUUUAAUUGUAAAGAAAUAGAAGAAGAUAGCAAAUUAGAUGAUAAAGACAGUGUUAAAAUACUACAACUAUAUAAUAAUGAUAAUAUACAUAUAAUGAUUUGCAAUGGAUAUGUAUACACAGAUAAUGAUUAUAAUGACAACUUAGACAAUUUUCUAAAAAUUGUAAAUGAGAAAUUACCACAUGUAGUUUUAAUUUUUGGCCCCUUUUUAUAUAUUCGUAAUUUUAGUGAAACGAUUCUAAAAAUAGGAGACAUCAAUGUUAUUUAUGAAGAUAUUUUUAAAAAAAUUGUAAAAUUAGCAAAAAACGAAUUAUUAGAAAAAACACAUUUUUUUAUUAUCCCAUCAAUUUAUGAUUCUAUUAAUAUUUAUCCAUUACCUCAGCCCCCUUUUUUUUAUGAAAAUAAUAAUGCCAAUUUAACAAAUGUGCACUUUUUAUCCAACCCAUCUUAUAUAUAUAUAAAUGAGCUAAAAAUAGCUUUAACAUCAUGUGAUGUCAUAUAUAACUUAAGCAAAAACUUAUUGUGUAGACCAAGUGAAAUGAAGUUAUUUUAUUUAUUUGAACAGAUUUUAAGACAACUUUCCUUCUUUCCUUGUUAUCCAUCCGAGUACAAUAUCGAAAUUACUAAAUUUAAAAAUUUGCUAUUUCAGCCAAAUAGAUUACCUGAUAUUUUUUUGUUUCCAUCAUAUACUAAUGAAAAGUCGUAUGUAAAGGAAAUACACAAAAAAUUAUUUAUAUGUCCUUAUUCCAUUGAUGUAAGUAAAGCAAAACCAUCUAAUUUCUUUUCAAAUAUUUAUAUACUACCCCCAACGGAAUCAUACGAGUUGUCAAAAAGGGUUAUUCUCGAAAAUGUCUUUGUUAACCACAAUAAGGUAAGCGAUUGA